UUUGUUUUUCUGCUUCUCAUUCCUGACAGCUUGUUUGCAACCCGGGACUGCCGAUCAAAGUCAAUGUUGCAAAUUAGGUAUAGCACCUGACGUUUCAGCGGUACACCAAUCUGACUGGGAUGGUAUCAUGGAGAGAGACAAUCAUCAAGAAGGCGAGGCACAGGGAGUGAAGAUUUGUGACCCACCCUCUGAGAAUAAUCCACCUGCACACACCUUGGCGACUUCUCUCUCCCUCUUGGGGAAUCACAUGUUUCCUGAUCAGGUGGAGAGAAACGACAGUGGCACUGCAAACAAAGAGGAGACUGUAGAUUCAUUCAUCUCAGACAUCACAGCAGAGGAGCCCAGUCUGGAUGCAGAGUCCCAUUCUAACCAGGUAACAAAGCUAGACACUGAGGAGACUCAAAACCCUGAGUGUCAGAACAUCGCAUCCACCCAGCCAACUGACGGAGGAACCGAGAAUGCUGCGGACAAUGACCAGAGCGACUCUGGGGAGUUUGUUGUUACAAUGCUGGCCAAGGCCAAGCUCGAGGAGCAGGGUUUGGGGGUAAAGGGGAGGUCAUCUCCUCUGUUAGAGGCAGGCACCCAGGAAUGUCCUGCAUUUAUAACUCACCGUGAAGAGGAUGUGACAGCUGACAGCUGGCGGCAGCACAGGAAGCAUGUUUUUGUGCUAAGUGAAGCGGGCAAGCCCAUCUAUUCUCGGUACGGCAGUGAAGAGGCUCUUUCAUCUACAAUGGGAGUGAUGAUGGCGCUGGUGUCUUUUGUUCAAAGUGGAGAUAAUAUCAUCCGCUCAGUCUAUUCAGAGGAGCACACGGUGGUGUUCUUACAGAAAGGGCCUCUUGUACUGGUGUGUGUCUCUAGCAGUCGUCAGUCUGAGCAGCAGCUGCGUGGAGAGCUCCUCUAUGUGUACUAUCAGAUCAUCAGUAUGCUCACCCAGGCCAGCAUAUCUCGCAUCUUUGAACACAAGAAAAACUACGACCUGAGAAGACUGCUAGCUGGCUCGGAGAAGAUUCUGGAUGGCCUUCUAAACCUGGUGGAUUCGGACCCCAGCUUCCUGCUAGCUGCAGUGCACUGCCUGCCCCUAGCUUCUUCUCUCAGGGACUCUCUCAGCCAGAUCCUACAGAAAGCGAUCACGCCCAACCUGGUUUUCUCCAUCCUCAUUGCCAAGAACCAGCUACUCACCAUUGUCCAAGAAAAAAACGUCAUCGAGGACAGUAGACUGGAGCCCGCUGACGUCCACCUCCUGCUCAACCUCAUCGGAGCCUCCUCUGCCUUUCAAGCCGGGGAGAUCUGGACUCCCAUCUGCCUCCCCCUCUUUAAUCCUGACUGUUACUUUUAUGCAUACAUCUCCUACCUGGACCCUCCAGAAUGCACCGUUUGUUUGCUGCUGCUCUCAACAGACAAGGAAGCUUUCUACGCCGUGGCCGAGUGCAAGAGGAAGAUAGAGGAGGCCAUGGUGGCUCAAAACUCCCUAAGCCUCAUUGCUAAAGCCCACUCAUACAGCGUGAGCCAGGUGGGCGUCUCAGACCUCAGACACUUCAUGUACAAGCCCUUUGAUGUGCCAGACAACUACCGCCAGCUAACUCAAUUUACCAGCCCAGAGAUGGAGGCACCAUACAGCAGUGAAGAAGAGAAAAUGAGACUGCUGGAUCUUUAUCGUUAUAUGCACAGCCGCAUCCACAGCACCUCACGACCCCUCAAGCUCAUCUACCACGUCGCUGAGAGGGAAACUCUGCUAGCUUGGGUCACAAGUAAAUUUGAGCUAUACACCUGCUUCAGUCCUCUGGUGACAAAGGCCUGUGCCAUCACUGCUAUCACGAAGCUUCUGAGAUGGAUCAAAAAGGAGGAGGACCGUCUCUUCAUCAGAUACCCCCCGAAGUAUUCAACCACCCCAAACCCCAGCAAGAGCUCUCGAAGUGGGAAAUCUGACCAGCAAGACUCCACAGAUAACGGCUUCUUAUCUCUUCUAUAAGACUCUCUUAUGCUACUCUAGUGGCUCUGCCUCAUUCAACAAUAGUUUGUACACUGGUUCCAAGAUAUUUUUGAAUCCUCUUUUGACACUUUGUUGGACUUGACAGACAUUGACUACUGGAAUCAAACACUACAUUUUACACUAUUUAAGAGAUCUCUUUGAAACUAGUAUUAUUUCUUUACCUUUAAGAAAGCAUGUCAUUGCAUCACUGCUUUCGAUGAGAAACAGUCAGGGCAAAAAACAGCGUUACGAAAUAGUACGUUUUAAAUUGAACUGUGGUAGAAUAUAAUUGCAAUGAUAUUUAAAUGUUUUUAUAUUGUUUUAUUACUGCAACAAGACAGAAAUUUUCCUCACGGACAGUGAAUGUAUCACAACACAGACAGUUCAUUCGCAUAUGCUAUAACUAUACAUGGUAUCUUUGUUGUGUGAGUUAGAGAAGAGUAGAAAUAUGAACUUAAACUACCUUGCUCCGACUAGUUCUCAAAUGUCGAUUUUUUUUUUCUCCAUCACACAAAAAACAUCCCAAAUGUUACGAAACAGGAUAUGCAAGAAAUGAGCAUGUGUUGUCGUUUUGUGUGCAACAUAAACUGGAUAAACAACAAUUGGAACUGACAAGGAUGGGGUAUUGUGUCGCAGAGAGCUAAAGAACAGACAGAUUUUCAUUUUAACUUGAGACAUUAUUUCAUUCUGCUGUUGGGUGAUGAUCUUUAAAAUGGAAAUUCUCAGCCCCCCUCAUGAAGUUGGUUGCACCUCCUUGUGACAGAACUUGAGCACUUAAUUUUUUUUCAUGUGUUUCAACUCAAAUUAAAAUGGUCAGGUUUCAUUUUUCUUACAUUUUAUGCAGAUAACAAAUAGGAAACCCCAGCCUGUUACACCUGGUCAUGUUACCAUUGUCACUGUUAGUGUUUCAUUGAUAGGAGUCGAACCUUAUGAGUCUCACUGUGUUUUCCUGCAGACACUUCUAGUACAGUUGUCACUUGACUUCUGAUGAGUUCAGGCGACUUAUCUUUUUUGGAUAAUAGUUUUGUAAAGAUGCUCUAUAAACAGUAGCCUCAUCCUUGUGUUCUCUGAGGAAUUUCCUGUCGAUUUAAGUCUUAAGAGUAUGUCUAUGUAUUAUGAAAUAAAUCCCAGGU